AUGGCCCACCGGAAGGAUAAGGGUCGCAACAAGAACAUGACCAACUACGCGCGUGCCAACGACGAUGUUGAAGACCGAGCCAAAGACAGCAAGCAAUUCUACACGGACUUGAAAGUGCCAGUGUCUGGCAGACCACAAACACCAAACUCACGCGCCCCUCGGGCGAUGAUAGCAGAGUCAAAUGCUGAGCAGAAGAAAGCGACUCGCUCCAACUCAUAUCCCAACAAUGCGAAUCAAGGCCAGCGAGACAAGGCAUUUUGGGACACUGACGCAAGCAACAUUGACAGUACUACCGUCGGCUCGGGCACCCAACGUGGCUUACCCGCUGUCGAUGAUCAACGUCAACCAUUUCAAGAUGUUGACCGCGCCGUCAAGCUCGAGCGUCCGUUUCCGGAAGACCAGCAGGGCACCCAGUAUACCUCAGCCAACGUGCCCAAUGCCUUUGCUCAACAGCCUAUCGAUCAUCAAUCUCGGGCGCCUCAGCCAAGUUACUAUCGACCAGAAGUUCCUGAUAAUGGGGUCAAGACCGAAGAUAGCGGCUUCCCGAUCGUUGCUGGCGACAGCUAUCCCCCGACGACCUCAGGAAACCCUUCGACUACUGACGUCGAUGAACGUCGACCACAUCCACAAAUGACUGGUAUCCAACCACGAGCAACUAACUUACCUCAGCGAGGCCUAGCUAGGCGUGUGCAACUUGCUACAGCGGGCGCUAAGCCUGGCCAACGAGCUCCUGCUUAUCAGCAAGCUCCACCACAGAACGCGCCAGCUUCAAUGAAUGGCCAGAACGACGUGAUACAGAAUGUGCUGGCCGGAUUCUCGUUCGAGCCCCGGCAUCCGCCAGUAAAAUCAGCCACGCGACCGGCCAAGACUGCCAGCGCCUCAAACCAACCAGCUGCAACUGAAGACGCUCCUCGAGGCCACUCACCACCAGCAGACAGCUUUCGAGAGCGCGAGCGACGCGGUGCACAGCAUCGACAGACGCAAGGCGAGUCUGGACUGUCGAAUCGUCCGACUCACUUGCAGAGAAAGGACAACCACACCCGCACACGAAAUGUUGCUAGCCCUGCACUGCACAUUCCGUCAGGACCUCAGCCGGGGUAUGUUUUACAUCAUCAGGCACCAAAUCAACCACAGCGGCACGAUCACUCGACGGAUGGCCCUUCCGACGGCGAUGGAGACGAGGAUGAAGACGAGAGCGAAGCAGAGGAUCGAAACGAUACAGAACACUUUCACAAUGACUUGCCCGUUCCAAACGCAGGUCCUUACGUGGAAGAGCCUCCGAUAGUCUACGAAUCUGCUCUGGACUAUGAGCCGCCACAGCUAUUUGACAUGGGCUACCAAGACCUCAGGGCUCAGUCUUUCGACGUCGACCCAAAUGCUGCGGAGAUUGCCUUUUGUGAUGAGUACAAGGACGCGCCUCUACCAGAGAAGCUCAAGAUGCUGAUGACGCUCUCUCACGAAGACAAGUCUCGCUUCUUCCAGUCCCUGGGCAUUGAUGAGUGGGAGGAAGCGGGUGACUGGUUCCUGCAACGAUUCGCCGAGACUACGAACAAGUUCAGGGCUGGUCGACAGGAGAAGCGCAAGGCUGUGCAGGAGUUGGAAGAAGAAAUCUCGGAGAGACACAACUCGGUCUCGAAGAAGCGGAAGAUGACCGAAGAUGCCUUGGGUGAGAUGAAGGAAAGCGGAGGAAAGGUGCUCCAAGGCACACCGAAGAAGUCGCGAAAGCAGAAGUGA